AUGCUACAGAAAUGCAAAGAUGGAUUUCGAUAAAUAGAUAUAUUCGGCUAAUCUAUAAAUCUUAGUUUUCGUUAAGAAGAACAAUACAAAACAAGUAUGGGAGGUUUUUUGUCGAUUUGUAUCAUCGGGACAAUUAUAAGCUUUUUCUAUUCGAACAUUAUCAAUUUUUUUGCAAGAUUGAAUGUGACUUCUACUCAAGAAUUUACGUUCGCAGAUGAUCCUGAUAUUCUAAUUUUGAAUAAUGAACACUUCAUGUUUGCAGUUCAGAUUGAACAAGAUAAUUUUACAACGAACCCUUUUUUUAAUAUCACUGUUGAACAGCGUCACUAUAAUCGUUUUCCAAAUGGAACUUAAUAUCGCUACCCAAAUAAAUAUAUUGAUCUCGUGCCCUGCACCAUUUAACAUUUUUAGCCCUUAUUCGAAAAGUACAGUGUGGAUUUUAGAGAAUAAUUUGAACAGCAAAAUUUAUAAAACUUCUUAUGUCCCAAUCUCAAUUUUGUUCAUAGUCUCAAUAUGACUGUUGGAGGUGUAUGGGCGAGCGCGGACUACUACUUUUUGAAGUUUUCGGUAACUAAUUGUAAGGAUUCCUCAACAAGUAAUUUUACAUGGAAGCCUACCUGUAAAACUUCAGAUUAGAUUUAGGCAACUUUGAAUGCAUAAGGAAGCUUUCGAUUUUAAGUUUAUACUACAAAUUUUCUUAUUAAUCCAAACAGACCUGAAAAUUUUGUAUAACCUUACUUAGCUGUUGACCAAUUUUAUACUUUUGUUCCAGAUAAAAUGUUUGUCUAAUCAGAUAUCUUUUUCAGAACAAAGAAGGUUACAACUGAUCAAGGGAUCCUAAUGUAUCCUGAUAAAUAGAAUGAAACCUUUGCUUUUCGAGAUUAUGGAGAUCAAAGAGAACAAUUUGAAAUUUCAAGAAUAACUCCUAACUAUUAUGGAGCAUUUUAUUUCUAAAGAAGUCCAUAUUCUUAUCAAAUCAAUAGAAAGUUCUUAAGGCUUGAUGAAUUACUAAGUUAUUUAGGAGGAUUCACUUAAUUUAUGAUUGUAGUUGUGGGUGUAAUAGUAAGAUUCUAUAAUCGUUAACAUCUAAUUAUAUCUAUUGCUAAUGACUUAUAUGAGUAUGAUAUGAGUUAAGGCAGGCAGAAUACUCAAAUGCAUUUAAAAAACUUAUUGGAUCGGACCUAGAGAGGCAAAGAGAUGUUGAAGAGCAAAAUGUCGAAGAAAAUUGAAACUAUUCCAUAAAUUCAAACUAUGUCAGCUUUUUAAAAUAAACCUGAUAUGUUAUAGAAAAGAAAAUUAAAUAUUGAAAAAAAGCAAUCAAUCGAAAUAUUUUAACCAACUCAAUAAGCAUUGCAAUCCAGAUUAUCGGCUAUGAAGGCGAAAACAUUAUAAUAUUUUGAUGAUUUCAAAGAAUUUUUGAAGAAGAAACAUAUUAUAGGACUAGGAUUUAGAGUUAUUUUAAGUUCCAUAAUUCCUAUUGAAUCCUUAAAAGAUGAUGAUUGCAUUGUUUUGGAAAAAGCUAUUGAUUAAGUAAAUAAAGAGUUAGAUAUCGAAUAUAUAAUCAAACAACUCCAUGAAUUAACCAAAUUAAAGAAGGUGUUAUUUACUUCUGAAUAGGUAACACUGUUUAAUUUUAGUCGCAAACCCAAAAUAUCAUUGAUUUAAGAUAAAAACAAUAGAAGAUCAACUAGAUGUAUUAUUGACGGAGUUACAACAGCAGAGGAUUAUGGAAUGAUGAAACAAUUUACUGAUCUUGUUAAUUCGUAUGACAAAAUUACUGGAUCAGAAUUAGAAAAUACAACUUAAGAAUAAAGUCGAUUCAAUCAAAGAUUAAUUAUUUUAUUAGGCCCUGAGCUGAUGAAAGUACUAGAAAAAGAAUUAAGUGCCUAAUAAUAAUAAUAGAUGGAAUCUGAAAACAAUGAUCCAAAAGAAGAGGAGAACUUGUUUAGCGACAGAGAAAUUUAAAUACAUCAACGUAAUUGA